CUUGAAACUUGAAAGUGAAACUAGUCAUAAGUGUCAGCACCAGGCGUCGUCUUUUCUCUCUCUAUCUCUCUUUUUUUCUGUUCGAUAUAGAUCAGAUUACUUUUUUUCAUAACUUCGCCAUCAUUUUGAUACUGAAGUUCUCACUAUCAGACUUCAGGGCGUGAAUCACAAGUUGAUUGUUGAUAAAAAUGCGACUUGUUAGUUUAGGUUCCGAAGUAUUCCAGAAAGAAUAAUUGGAUCUCACCAACACUUGGAUAUAAAUAAUAAAUAUGUAUAAAAAGACAUCCUCUCAAACGAAAGUGUAAUUGUCACCUCCUCAAUGUGACUUCAUGCUCAUAACUUUUCUUGAUAAUGGCAGAUGCAAAUUCUAAAAGAAAGAAACUACAAUUAAUUGCAGCAGGUAGAGAUGUUGCUGAUUUAAUUGUAGGUAGCCAUCGUGCGCUGGAAAUCUUCAAGGCUUUUUAUAGCGAAUGGGAUGAAUGUCGCGGUAAAAGCGUAUCUCUACUUGAGCAACUAGAAGUAGUCGUAGACAAGUCCUCCAGAGAAUCUGACAAAAUCGGUGAUGUGAUCCAAGGAAUUAACAGACUUGGAGACGAUAUUCCACACCCAGGUGCUACUUUCGGAGCAAGGAUAGCUGCCGCCAUCGGUACCUUUUUUGCAGGAUUGUUCGCCAAACAAAUGAGCGAGAAAGAAUUGAAAGCCAAAGAAUUUGAAAUAAGACAGACAUUUCAGAAAGACAUCGAUUCAACCUCUCUAGUUUAUGUGCACGGAGUACAGUGUAGCUCUCAAUUUGAAGAAACGCGCAAAUAUAUCAAAACAUUCCAUCGUUUGGUAACCCAAGAGGAGGAAUUGGAAUCGAUUAUAGAUGACGAGGAUGUGCUAGAGUUUUUGAAUGAGAUAGCUUUUUAUAAUCCAGAGAACAUAAGCGUAUUUUACAGAAGACUCAAAUCCCUUUAUGUAAAGCUUUUGAAGAGCUCUCAGUCAGCAGAAACCAGGCAUUUUAUUAGAGUUUUUGAAGAGGUACCUGCUUCUGUUCAGAUCAUUGAUUUACUCGCAUGGACAUUUGAUACUGAUGGUCAUGAUGUCAAAACGAUAGACAUUGCAUGGAAAGAACUAUUUGAUCUAUUCGUCAACCCUCAAAAUUUCAAUGUAAAACGAUUUCUGGAUAAAAUUCGAAAUUGUAUUUUUUUCCUUAAUAAGGAGCGUAACACUUUAAAACGUACUAAGAAGAACUUAUUAGGAGACAAUAUGCAGCAAUUAUCAUAAAAUGUAUACUUUUUUUUUGAAAACAAACUAAGAUUCAAAGAGUUUUGAAAAAACUAUAAUUUAUAUGAAAAAAUAGAGGAUUAGUUAAUUUAGUUUCCCAUAAUCAAAAUUUAAAGUCUAAUUUGCUAAGUAGUAGUUUGUUCUUCAAUAAUAUAGGAUUUCUAAACUUGUAUUUGAUUUGCUACAGCCUUUAUUUUGUUAAAAUAUAAACGACACUUAUUAAUAUAUAAAUUGACAAACAUAGUUGCAUACUAUUUACUGCAUAUCUAUGUUUUUGUAAGUUAUAAGUUAUUUCACUAAAUUGUAAAAUUCUAAUAAGUAGACAAUUUUCUUUGUACACUGACUGUAAUAUAUCACACCCUUGAAACGUCAUAACUCAAAAUAUUUUUUUAUUUUUAAUUUAAAACUUCCAUUAUUUACUUAUACAGCACUACAGCCCGCUGGGAGUCUUGGCCUCUUGAAUAAUAUCGCCCCAGACUUUCCUAUUUUCAGCUUUUGACUUCAGUUUUUCACCUUCUAAUUGGUUAGAUCAUAGGUUUUAUUGACCAACCAUCUCCUUUCCGGUUUUCCUCUUGGUCUUGAGUUCAAAAGUUACCAAUUUAAAAUAUUUCUUACAUUUCUAUUAUUAUUUAAUAUUUCAAUGUGCUCCAGCCAUGCCACACGCAUGGAUUUAAUGAAUCAAAUUAUGUUGUUUUUUGUUUGAUUAAAUGGUCAAGUUCACAACUA